AUGGAUUCGCCACGUGGCGGAAUUCUUGGAAGAGCAUUACGAGAGGCAUCUACAAAAAGAGAUAGACGACAAUCAGAAGAUGUUGAUAUUGAUACAAUACCAGUUCCAGUUAGGCAUCUGGGAUCAAGGAGACAGCCAAUACAAAUGCUUCCACACUCGCAACCUGGUCCAUCACAUGUCUCAAUUGUCAAUAUACCCGGUGGUCCAACAACAACUUCAACUACACAUCAAACAGAACAUUCAUCACAUAGAACUGAAUCAGGAAGGUUUAUAAGACGGCGUCGGCAAUCCAGAGAAAUCACAACCACUUCCACUCGACCCCAUGCUCCUCCAUCGGGUACACAUCGACCUUAUGAUCCAUCUGCAUCUCGGGAGAGUUCUGGAUCUACCGUAGCUGGUUGGGAACAUAGACCGAAAUCAGCUGACGACGAUCGACAUGAAUUCUUAAGACAAAGAAGAAGUGGUGGAGGGGGAGGAAUUCUGGCACGUGGAUUACGGGAAAUGAAUAAAAUGGUGGAAGAAUUGGAACAAGCGAGUGAGGAGCCACAGACAAGGCAGGGAAUUCUGGGAACGGCAUUGGAAGAUAUGAAAGGAGUGACGUAUCAAAAGAUAUACAGAAGGAGAGAAGAGACACCAAAGCGUUCUCGAUCAUUCGAUGAUAAUGAAAUGUCGAACAGAGUGGGAAUGAUUGAGCAACUUUUGAGAGACAAGGAUCCGUUAGAAUUGAAGCAAUUGGGUCUUACGGAGCUUCUGAAUACUGACGGAGCUGAUCCCAACACUCCUGGUCGCCCGAUUCCGACACUACGUCGUUCGUCAACUCAUCUCCAAAUAGGAAAGAACUCUCGUGUCAUAUUUGUUCCCAAACAACCAAGUCGUGACAGUGUGACCCCACCUCAUGGAGCAACUCUUGGGAAACCGCCUUUUCGAGAAAGUAUCACUUCCCAUGCAUCGUCUCAUGAAGAGAUGUCAACUGAAGAUUUGGCAAUGGCCGAUCCACAAACAAAAAUACUUUAUUUUGCAAAAAGAGACGAGUGGGUUAAUGUGGAAAUUGAGAUGGAAACAAUCAAGAGAAGUGAUUUCAGUAUGGCUGAUAAUCACGGAUUCACUGCUUUCCUUCUUGCCGUUAAAGCCGGAAAAGAUCAGAUCGUUGAUAAAAUGAUUCGAAAGGGAGCUCGAGUUGAUUACAUAACAAAAGACGGACGAAAUGCUACACAUAUCGCUGCGAUGUAUUCUAGUGUGGAAACUCUUGAACUCAUUUUGAAAAGAUAUUCUGAGCUACUCAGAAAAGGGGCCGGACCCAAGAAGCAGUUGGCAAUCCACGUGGCGUGUGAAAGAAAAUCGAAAAAAGCGUUCCCGAUAGUCAAAAGAAUUCUGGAAGAUACGGAUCAACGGAUGGCUGAAGAUGGAGAAGGAUCACUUCCAAUUCAUUUGGCAUUCAAAUUUGGAAAUGUGAAUAUCGUUGAAUUGUUACUGUCAGGACCGACGGAUGAGCAGACAAAGAAAGCAGAUGGAAACGGAGACACUUUACUUCAUUUAGCAGCUAGAAGUGGAAGUAUUGAAGCAGUUCGGACGGCCAUUGCAGCUGGAUGUGACAAUGCGAAUAUUCAGAAUUUAGUUGGAAGAACACCUCUUCAUGAGGUAGCUGAAGUUGGUGACCAAGGAAUGCUGAAAAUAAUGUUCAAGCUUCGAGCAGAUGCGAAUAUUCAUGACAAGGAAGACAAAACUCCUGUUCACGUGGCAGCUGAGAGAGGAGAUACCCAGAUGGUAGAGUCUCUAAUAGAUAAAUUCGGAGGAUCGAUCAGGGCCAGAACUAGAGAUGGAUCAACUUUACUUCAUAUUGCUGCAUGUUCAGGGCAUACAAGUACUGCGCUGGCAUUUUUGAAAAGAGGUGUCCCCCUUAUGAUGCCCAACAAGAAAGGAGCAUUGGGACUUCACUCGGCAGCUGCUGCUGGUUUCAACGACGUCGUCAAGAUGUUGAUACUCCGAGGAACAAAUGUAGACGUCAGAACACGGGAUAACUACACAGCACUCCACGUGGCAGUACAGUCUGGAAAGGCAUCUGUUGUAGAGACAUUACUUGGAAAUGGGGCAGACAUCCAUGUGAAAGGAGGAGAGUUGGGUCAGACUGCAUUGCAUAUUGCGGCUAGUUUAAAUGGACCAGAGAGUAGAGAUUGUGCGAUGAUGUUGCUGAAAAGUGGAGGACAGCCAGAUGUUGCACAAGUUGAUGGAGAGACUUGUUUGCAUAUUGCAGCGAGAAAUGGAAAUAAAGAGAUAAUGAGACUCCUUCUCAACGAGAAUGCCGACUCCCAAAUAUGUUCAAAAAUUGGUGAAACUCCUCUUCAAGUAGCUGCCAAGUCGUGCAAUUUUGAAGCGGCUUCCAUGAUUCUAAAGCAUUUGUCCGAGAUUUUGACACCAGAACAGUUGAAAGAACAUGUCAAUCACAGAACUUCUGAUGGAUUCACUGCUCUCCACUACGCCGCUGAAAUCGAACAUCGUCAAUUACAUUUCCCGGGUGAAGAUGCAAAACUAGUGAAUCUUUUGAUUGAUUACGGUGGAAUGGUUGAAAUGCCUUCACUGAAUGCAAAUGAAACUGCAAUGCAUAUGGCUGCAAGAUCUGGAAACCAGGCUGUUCUUCUGGCAAUGGUCAACAAAAUUGGAGCAGGAGCGGUGCAGAUUGUGCAGAAUAAACAGAGUAAAAACGGAUGGUCCCCACUUUUGGAAGCAUGUGCGAGAGGUCAUCUUGGAGUUGCUAAUAUUCUGUUGAAACACCAUGCUCGUAUUGACGUGUUUGACGAAAUGGGUCGUACUGCCCUCCAUCUUGCUGCAUUCAAUGGUCAUCUGUCGAUAGUCCAUCUUCUUUUACAACACAAGGCAUUCGUUAACAGUAAAUCGAAAACUGGAGAGGCUCCAUUACACUUGGCAGCACAAAAUGGGCAUGUUAAAGUGGUUAAUGUGUUGGUACAAGAUCAUGGAGCAUCAUUAGAAGCUAUCACUUUGGAUAAUCAGACUGCUCUCCAUUUCGCGGCGAAAUUCGGACAGCUAGCCGUUUCUCAAACUCUUCUUGCUCUCGGAGCCAAUCCGAAUGCUCGAGAUGACAAGGGACAGACUCCGCUCCAUUUGGCUGCUGAAAAUGAUUUCCCAGAUGUUGUCAAGUUGUUCUUAAAAAUGAGAAAUAACAAUAGGAGUGUGCUGACAGCAAUUGAUCAUAAUGGAUUCACUUGUGCACAUAUUGCAGCAAUGAAGGGAAGUUUGGCAGUAGUCAGAGAAUUGAUGAUGAUCGAUAAACCGAUGGUUAUUCAAGCAAAAACGAAAACCCUGGAAGCUACAACUCUUCAUAUGGCAGCUGCUGGAGGACAUGCGAAUAUUGUGAAAAUUCUUUUGGAAAACGGAGCAAAUGCAGAAGAUGAGAAUUCGCACGGAAUGACUGCUCUUCAUCUUGGCGCGAAAAAUGGAUUCAUUUCAAUUCUGGAGGCAUUUGACAAAAUUUUAUGGAAAAGAUGCUCCAGAAAGACUGGACUCAACGCCCUACACAUCGCUGCUUUCUAUGGAAACUCAGAUUUUGUGAAUGAGAUGUUGAAGCAUGUUCAAGCAACUGUCAGAUCAGAACCCCCUAUUUACAAUCAUCACGUCAAUAAAGAGUUCUCUACGGAAUACGGUUUUACUCCACUCCAUUUGGCAGCUCAAAGUGGACACGACAGUUUAGUUCGAAUGUUGUUGAAUCAGGGUGUACAGGUGGAUGCAACCAGUACUACUAUGAACGUUAUCCCUCUCCACCUGGCUGCUCAACAAGGACACAUUGCCGUAGUGGGAAUGCUCCUAUCCAGAUCAACUCAACAACAACAUGCAAAAGAUUGGAGAGGAAGAACUCCACUUCAUUUGGCAGCACAGAAUGGACACUACGAAAUGGUUUCUCUGUUGAUUGCUCAGGGAUCUAAUAUCAAUGUUAUGGAUCAGAACGGAUGGACUGGACUUCAUUUCGCUACCCGUGCUGGUCACCUGAGUGUAGUCAAACUCUUCAUCGAUUCGUCAGCAGAUCCUCUAGCAGAAACAAAAGAAGGAAAAGUUCCACUCUGCUUCGCUGCUGCCCACAAUCAUAUCGAAUGUCUGAGAUUCCUUUUGAAACAAAAACAUGAUACUCAUCAAUUAAUGGAGGAUCGAAAGUUUAUAUUCGAUCUGAUGGUUUGUGGAAAAACGAAUGAUAAUGAACCACUCCAAGAAUUCAUUCUCCAAUCACCUGCUCCUAUUGAGACUGCUGUCAAAUUGUCUGCAUUGUAUCGAGAUAUGUCAGAGAAAGAGAAAGAACGAGCGAAAGAUCUGUUGAAUGUGGCAGUAUUCAGUGAGAAUAUGGCUGUCGAGUUGUUGGGUAUUACUGCUACGGAAUACAAUGCUGCACUUCUUCUGAAAGCAAAGGAUAAUCGAGGGAGACCUUUGUUAGAUGUUCUGAUUGAAAAUGAGCAGAAAGAAGUUGUAUCAUACGCGUCUGUCCAACGUUAUCUAACAGAAGUUUGGACUGCCCGUGUCGAUUGGUCAUUCGGAAAAUUCGUGGCUUUCUCUCUAUUCGUAUUGAUUUGUCCACCAGCCUGGUUCUAUUUUUCUCUUCCAUUGGAUAGUAGAAUCGGCCGAGCUCCGAUCAUUAAAUUCGUCUGUCACAUUGUGUCUCAUGUCUAUUUCACCAUUCUUCUCACAAUCGUAGUGCUCAAUAUCACUCAUAAAAUAUAUGAAGUAACUUCUGUGGUCCCAAACCCUGUGGAAUGGCUUCUUUUGCUAUGGUUAUCUGGAAAUUUGGUGUCAGAAUUGUCGACAGUCGGUGGAGGAUCUGGAUUAGGAAUUGUUAAGGUGUUAAUCCUUGUAUUAUCUGCAAUGGCAAUAGCUGUUCAUGUUCUCGCAUUCCUUCUUCCGGCAGUCUUUCUCACUCAUUUGGAUAACGACGAAAAACUUCAUUUCGCUCGAACAAUGUUGUACUUGAAGAAUCAAUUAUUCGCGUUUGCUCUCCUUUUUGCAUUUGUUGAAUAUCUCGAUUUUCUGACAGUGCAUCAUUUGUUUGGACCAUGGGCAAUCAUCAUUCGAGAUCUCAUGUACGAUUUGGCUCGUUUCCUGGUGAUUCUUCUGUUGUUCGUUGCUGGAUUCACAUUGCACGUCACAAGUAUUUUCCAGCCAGCCUAUCAACCAGUCGAUGAAGACAGUGCCGAGUUGAUGCGUCUCGCCAGUCCAGAACAAACUCUUGAAAUGCUCUUUUUCUCACUAUUCGGACUUGUGGAACCUGACAGUAUGCCACCGCUUCAUUUAGUUCCAGACUUUGCGAAAAUUAUACUGAAACUACUAUUUGGAAUAUACAUGAUGGUCACGUUGAUUGUUUUGAUCAAUCUGCUGAUUGCUAUGAUGUCCGAUACGUACCAAAGAAUUCAAGCACAAUCAGAUAAAGAAUGGAAAUUCGGAAGAGCAAUACUGAUUAGACAAAUGAAUAAAAGAAGUGCGACACCAUCGCCAAUCAAUAUGCUGACAAAGUUUUUGAUUGUGGUUCGAGUUGCUUGGAAGAACCGAUUACGAUGCAUGACUCGAAAAGCUCAAGAUGAUCUCCGAUUUGAAGAGAACAUUGAUGCAUUCUCAAUGGGCGGAGGACAACAAGGACGUGCAAGUCCGACUAUGAGACCAGAUGAAGGAGGAGAAAUGGGCGGUCAACGUGCGGAACUCGGUCGUUCAGCCGAUUGGAAUAUAGAGACAGUAAUCGAUUGGAGGAAGAUUGUAUCAAUGUAUUAUCAGGCAAAUGGAAAGUUAGAUGACGGUCGAAACAAAGAAGAUCAUGAUGCGGCGCAUGCAAUACCAUCUAACUUCAACUAG